AUGCCCGAAUGGGCCACCAUCACGUAUGGAGAGUACUUCCUCGAUUGCCAUCCGUUGGCCUUCCAUUACAUCCUCAACGCCGGCACGCUGUACCAUCGCAUCAGGAAUAUGGCCGUCAUGAUGGGGCUCGAUUCCCUCAUCACAAUCCUUGACAAUAUGCGCAAGGAGAAGGAGGCCGAGAGCGAACACCUGAGUGAGGAGGAGAAAAGGCAGAACUGUGCUGACAUACGGUUGGAUAUGGAGCGACAACUCUUGACCAUCUCUACCGGUUCAGAGGACAAGGUGGUGGAAUGGGUGGAGCAAAUGUACAUGAACCAGCGUGAUAUGGUAGAUGCCUGGAACCGCGGCAUGCGCGGAUAG